CAUUAAAUAUUAGAUUAAAAAUAUAUUCUACGAAAAACGAGUAAAUUAAUCAUGAAAUGGUAGGAAGAUAGUUAUUGUUAAAGAGAAAUCCUAAAGUGAAAGGAAAGCAAAAACAAUCUAGAUGUUUUAUUUGACAAAUUUAACUCUUAAAAAAAAAAUCAUAUGAUCAAUUCUUCAAUUUUUGCACAACCAAAUUUCAUAUUGUUACGAAUAAACUACAAUGAACAGCUAUUUUCACAUACAAAAUCUCCCAUUGGAGGUAAUGAUCAACAUAUUCGGCCAUUUACCAUACAAUGAAAUCUGCACUUUAAUCAACGAAUGUUUAUUGUUCCAAAAAGCAGUUUGCUUACAUAUGAAAUUUUCUAUUGUUCGGUUAAAGAAUGUACUUCAGAGCGAGUUGCACAGAUUCACGUUCAAAUUGAGAAAUGUACCGUUGAAUGAAGAACAUUUGAGAAUAGAUUACAUGAAAUCUUUGCUUUCCUUAAGAAUGUUGUCCACUGAAGUUGAUGUCCUUAUUGCAAAAGUGUGGAGGUACACAAAAUGGCAAAAAGCAUGGAUCAUCCUUUGCCCUCUUCUUUCCCCUGUGCUGAAGCAGUUUGAAGAAGUUAUUUCAAGUCAGACACGAGACAGCAAGAGAGUGCGUGAGUUCAAUUCAUUUACUUUGCCCAUUAUUCUAAAUGAAUUUUAUAACUUCUUAAAUGAACUUGAAAAUAACUUGGAAGACGUCCUGCAUUGUGAAACACAAGAAGAGAUACCUUUUGAAACAAAAGUCAUUGACAUUCUUACUUGUUGCCCUUCCAUAAAUUUCCAACUCGGUCUACAAAAAAAAAUCGAUAAAAAGCAUUACCAUAUUUAUGGUUAUUUUAAAUUCCCAGGUGUAAAGCCAAUUUUUCAGGUGCCAGAUGUUCACAAUUCACAACUGACAAAUGAGCAAAAAAGGAAAAAAGUACUUAAAUACUUAAGAGAAAGCAUUCAAUGGUCUAAUGCCACUUUUUUAAAUGGCCUUGUUAAUCGGAUAAUUGACCUAGAAAUGGGUCUGCUGAUAUAUAUCAUGACAAACGAGGAAAGGAACUUUCUUAUAGACAAGAUACAAGAGUUGUACGCCAAAAUAACGGAAAACCCAUAUCAGCCUAUUUUAAAGUCAAUAGAUUUAGUAUUUGACGGUGAAAACACUAUUUGGAACGAGUAUUAUUUAAGAAUAAACUCUUAUAACAUAAAUUUGACAGGGCUCACAUGCAUUAUCGAUAUACCGCAUCAUGAUACAAGGUGGCUUCCACUGUCCUUGCCUUAUCUAAGAGGACGCAGGACUAUUCCAGAGCAGUUAGAAACUUUUGAAGUGGAUUUGGGAAAAGUUGGAUCUCAUUUUUGUAUGAAUGGAGAGAGUGAACAAGAGGAUUCAAAUGUUUUAAAAGGACCAGAUAUAGAAAUGAAGCCAAAGCUUCAGAUGAUUAUCCACUACAGGGAAGGGUUAAACAGUACUCCUGCUGAAGCAAUUGUCGAUGUAGGAUAUAACGACUUGGGAGAACCGUUUCUAAAUACACACAACAUUCAGUCUGAACCAUUUGAGGAUUCUGUAGAAUCAGAAAGUGAUUAAAAUGUGGAUUCUGUUCAAUAAAAUAUUUUAAAAACGUUUAAUUGAUUGGUUAAUUUAUUCACUUAAGAAUUUCAUGUAAUUUAUGUGAGUCAAAAAACAUUCAGUGUAUGCAUAUGUUCAUCCCAUGUUUAUUCAAAAUGGAAAGAAUUGCAAUUAUAAUUUUUAUUAUCAUAUUAUGCUAUGAUUCAAUAGUCUGUCCAGUUCCGAAUAUGUCAAACAAUUUUAUUGAUUUAAAGUCACUUCCAAGAAUUGUGGCAGGAGAAUAUGCAAGAAUUGAGGAAGUCCCGUACAUUGUUAGAAUCAGUGCAGCAUCCAAGAUAUGCACAGGUGCUGUUAUUCACACUUCUUGGGUUUUGACAGCAGCCCACUGUAUAUUUACACCAUUAACACCUGAAAAAAUGAAGAUUCUUGCUGGAAUUGAUGAUAUUUCAAAUGAAAAUAAAAGCCAGAGACGGGUAGCAGAAAAAAUAGUGGUACACAAAUUGUAUGUCAAAAAUGGUGUCGGUUUUUCCGAUUUGGCACUUAUUAAGGUGAAUAAACCCUUUACAUUGAGUACAAAUGUUGCAGUUUUAAAUCUUUCAAAUGAAAUCUGGCCGCAAGACAAGAAGCUCCAAUAUAACAGGCCAUGUCUUGUGGUAGGGUGGGGAUCUGAAAAAGCAGGUAAAAAAGGUUCGUUACUACUUAAAAAGCUCACAUUAACAGCCAGGCAUGGACCUGAAGGGUGUGACUGCUGGAAUGUGGUGCAGAACAGAAAUUUAGUUUGUUUGAAUGCAAACAAGGGAAAAGGCAUCUGCUCGGGGGAUUCUGGAGGUCCUUUAGUUUGUGACAACAAGGGUGUUGGUGUCGCGCAUAUUAUUUACAGAACCAAAGGUUGCCAUCUUACGGAAUAUGAUAAUACUUUUUUAAAGCGCAAAUUGGAAUGUGAAGGUGCCACCGGUGCUUACAUGUAUUUAUGCCCAUAUUUAGAUUGGGUUAAUGAGCAUAUACCAAACACCCCAAAGACUCCGAUUAACUGUAAAGGAUCAGUGAUUGAAAACAAACAUCUAGAAUUAUUUAUUUUCUUUAAUUUAAUUACAUUGCAAUUGAUAAUUUUAUAAUUUUUUGCAUUUUCCCCAUAAUGAUAUAGUCUCUAAAUAAAUAUAUGCCUAAUUGUUAAUUUUAUGGUUUAAAUUGGUGGCUGGUGUUAGAUAGCAAAAGUUUUAAAGUAUAGCUUUAUAAGAGGGCGGGAGGAAGUAAAAUUUGUUUAUUGACAUGAAUGUACUGUAUAACACACACUAUUAACCCUCAAUUAUAUUAGUUAUGUAGAAUGUAUAUGGAGUAAUGGAAGAAAUAGUAAAUAUAUAGGAAAAAUGUAUUUAAGAAUGAGUGAGAAGUGCUUAGGUUAAAAACUGCAUGCAUUGUGGGCUGAAAUGACCUAGCUGUCGAUAGCCAUGGAUCCUAACUUCAAUUGGCAUGUUGGCAAGCUAACCACGGAUCAACAGAACAAUACCGGAUUAGGUGUGAACAGUCUAAUUACAAUAUAUCUUAAAGCAUUAUAUUGCCUUAUCCCUCAGACGGUUUUAAACCAUGAGGAACGUCUUUCUUGCUCUGUAAUAUAUA